ACCUUAUGUGCAAGAUUAUCUCGAAGUGAUGAACAGGCAGGAAACAACUGGGAUUCGUCGGAAAAUUACAGUUGCAAUAAUUUCUACUAAUAUGUUAUCGCAGAUGAUUAAAACGUAGACAUUGUGCAUGCUAACAAAGCGCAAUAUAAACCCGGCAGUGGAGCGUAGGGUUUUAUUAUCUGGUUCUCAGUGGAUUUCUGGAAAUGUGAAAUAAAGUGCGAUGUCAUUUGUUAGCCUCCACGUUACUUUUCUACGAAUAUUUCUGUUAUUAUUCCCCAGCCGGCCCGGCCGCCCUAGGAGGGGCUUACGGACGGGCGCCUUUUUCCUUCGUCCCCAUUGGCGCGAUGCACGUCAGAAAACCCGCGAUUUUCGCGCACAGCAUCCUGCAGACAAUCUGCGAGCUCAGGGACGGAGAUUCCCCUUCAUCGCGGUUUGGAUUGUAGCCCCCGAAGCGUUAAAAUGCCCGCCACAUCGGAGGUGCACGGCACCGUGCACGGCGAGCCUGACCGCCCGCCACAGGCAGAAUCAUCCCAGAUGUUCCGCGACGAGCGCGGCUAUCUGGACCAGGUUCGGUACAUAAUGCAGCACGGGACCCGGAAAGGGGACCGAACCGGGACCGGGGUAAUCUCCUUGUUCGGGUCCCAGGCCAGGUACAGCCUUAGGGACCAGUUUCCCCUUCUGACGACGAAGAAAGUCUUCUGGAAAGCGAUUGUGGAGGAGCUGUUGUGGUUUAUUAAAGGCUCCACCGACGCCAAGGAGCUGUCAGCGAAGGGCGUGAAGAUCUGGGAUGCCAACGGCUCCCGGGAGUUUCUGGACAGCUGCGGGUUCACCUUCCGGGAGGAGGGCGAUCUGGGGCCCGUGUACGGGUUCCAGUGGAGGCAUUUCGGGGCCGAAUACAAGGACCUGCACACGGAUUACACAGGCCAAGGAGUGGACCAGCUCCAGGCUGUCAUAGACACCAUUAAGAAGAACCCAGAAGAUCGGAGGAUCAUCAUGUGCGCCUGGAAUCCCAAAGACCUGCCCCUGAUGGCCCUGCCCCCCUGCCACGCCCUCUGCCAGUUCUAUGUGUGCGAAGGGGAGCUGUCCUGCCAGCUGUACCAGAGGUCUGGAGACAUGGGGCUGGGCGUACCCUUCAACAUCGCCAGCUACUCCCUGCUCACCUACAUGAUCGCCCACAUCACAGGGCUCAAGCCCGGCGACUUUGUCCACACCCUGGGAGACGCCCACAUCUACACCAAUCACGUCGAGCCUCUGAGGGAGCAGCUCCAGCGGGAGCCCCGCCCCCUCCCCAAGCUGAAGAUCCUGAGGCAGGUGGAGCGCAUCGACGACUUCCGUCCCGAGGAUUUCGAGAUCUGCGGCUACAACCCCCACCCCGCCAUUAAAAUGCAGAUGGCGGUCUGAGGUUCCACCUCACCUCCGCUCCCUGCUUUUUUCCUACUUUAAACAUCCAAUCCUGUUUUUCUACUGUAAAUGUUUAUGUGUAUAGGUUCGAGUUAAGAAUUCACAUCUAGACAAUUGUCAAUUUGAUCUUUAUUAUAUUGAAUAAAAGGUUUUGAUUACAUCUA